AUGAGCCGCGGCUAUGAUGGAGAUCGCAGCGCGCUUAAAGUGGAGCUCCUUCUCUUAGACGCGCGCCUCGUCCAAGAACGCGUCCAACUUUCUCAGCUUGGGAAUCAACAAACAACAUAUUUGAUAUCCCAGGUCAACACUCCAGAGACAGGGUCUAAGAAGUCCAAAUUAGAGGCUGAGCAAAUUCAGAUGGCCUAUAAGCUCCGCACAACCCAACGAAAUGAGCGCACUGUCUCUACUGGGGGCAGCUCUGACUGGCGCUCCGUGGAGGGUGGGUUGACGGGAUAUGACGCGGGUGACAAUGGCACCAGACUAUAUUUUGGCGAACCUGUCAGUGGCGACGAUAAUAGCAUCCAGUCCACAGGGCAGAAGCUUGCCAAUGGCUUUGAAAAGGAUUAUGCCGUCGAUAUUUCUUCAUUGCUCACGCCCGAUGCUCCAAAGACCAUCCGUUAUCCGUUAAAUGGCCAUAUCCCAGCCUCUCGCACAAAGGCCAAAGGAUUGUCCGCCUCAGCUACUAGUGCGGGAGCUGAAGAUUUAUCUGUCACGAUCCCUCGCCUUAGGCCCAAAGUUCUCCCGAAAGGCAGCAAAGGAUCAAAGUCGGGACCACCCAAAGCGGCUUUGAAGUCGAGAAUCAACCCAGAUCCCCCGACUCUAUCACAAAAUACCUCUGAGAUGCAAAAGCCUUUUAUUGGACAGGGGGUAAAUCAGGCUCCUCCUACAAGAGCCUACUAUAGAAGGACUUCUAGCCUCGACAAUAUGGCUGGAUUUAGUGGCACCCGUAAUGGACCAAAGCCCUAUUCACAGUCCACAUCCACGUUGCGCAAUGUACCCGAUAGAUCGAGAACAGGGUCAAAUCGCCUAGGCCACUCACGCGAUGCCUCUGGCAGGAGAUUGAGAUCGUAUCCGAGCCUUCCACUUUCGCCCAUCCUCUCAGACGAAUUUUACAACGAUGGAAUGAGCUCCAUUAUAAAUACUACGGUGGUAUUUCCUAAUAUCCCCUAUGAAUCGAAAAGAUCGUUGAGAUCCAGCCCAAGCCUCCCUCCAUCUCCAGCCAUUUCAGGUGAUCCCCAUAGCGAUGAAAUAAGCUGCGCUGGUUCUCCAACUUUGAACCGCGAUAUGUCUCUGGUACUCGGUUCCCAGGAGGUUGAGCUCUCCGGCGUUAAACCGAGAACUACUUCGAACUCUUCAGCUCCGUCACGAUACCCAUUUAGCAAUAAAUCGAGAAUGAACUCGAACUCCACGGCUCCAUUCCGCGACAAUUACGGCACCAGAUUCAGUUCCCAUGGCGUUGGGCUUUCUAGAGAUAUAUCGAGGACCGUCGAUAGUGCUACAUGUUCCACCCGUCAUAAUUUUCCCGAAUUUGUCCCAUACCAACGGCCUCCUUUACGUGAUCUCUCUAGCAAUGGAUUGAGGACCCGAGACGCCAUUCGUAGGGAUGCCCAAGUCCGCAGUGCUAGCAUUUCGAGUUCUCAGAAGGAAAAUUUCGGCCCACGGGAACUAUUUGACUACCACGAGCACGGCUCUCCCAGUGGAAGGGAGAACAUCCCUCGCAAUCGAUCUGACAACUCCGUAGAAUUGUUUGGCGUCACAGAGAAGAUGGGGACUGGUGCCCUAGCGGACUCCUGCUCUAGUAGCGAUAUCAGCCUACCAAUUUCUGUCAAGAAACGGUCCACCCGGUUUUCUCAACACAGUCCGGCUAGUAACAAGCGAUUAUUACCAUCAUCCAAUGCGUCUGAAAAUUCAACUGUUGUCUUUCAAUCCCGUGAUAGAUCUCACCACUCCCCAAGGAACACCCGAUUUGCUCCCAAGUCCGUAUGUUCUUCCCCAUCAAUCAGCUUUCGGGCUGUAGAUGCGGCACCCCCACCAACCGUCUCAGUGGGAUCUCUGUCUAUUAUAACCGACCGAACAUCUACCAUGGUGCACAUCCCUAGGGCUGACAACCGCCUCCAGGGGGAUGUUGCCAACACGUUUGAACCGGUCUCUGGUCUACAAACCCGUCUACAGUGUUUGGAGAAGGAAAAGAAGGCUCUGGAUGUCGAUGUCCAGCGGUUGAGCAAUCAAAACGUUGUACUAUUCGACAGGGUGCAAGCUCUAGAGAUAGCCAAUUGCACCGCCGCAGAGAGGAUUGGGGAGUUGAGGAGUGAGAAUAUUGGCUUGAAUACACGACUCCAAGUACUCGAGAGUGGAGCGAUAAUCACUGACGAGCACAUUGAAACGCUCGCCAGGAAUAACUGCGCCUCACAGGCCAAGGAAGUCGCCCUGGAGCAGGUAUGCUCCGUAGCUGACGACAAUUUUAAGACCCUCGCAGAGGAGGGCACUGUGCUAGAAGACCGAACUGGCGUGCUGGAGGAAGCUGAAAGUGUCAUGAAUGAUAGAGUGGGUAUGGAUGAGGUUGCAGGCGCAACAGAAUCGCGUGAAACCCCGCUGGAGGACACCCUAUUGAGCCUGGUUAGUCCGGACGAAGUGGAGGACCUCCGGAGGAAGCUCGAGGCUACCCGGGUAGCUCACAGAGCUGGAAAACCCUGCCGCGGUGUCUCCUUACAGCCACUGUCACCAGUUCUUGCUAGUAUUGGUGUCGGGGUGGAGAUAACAGAGCCGGGUUCUCCCCAGCGGGAAGACGAGGAUUUGUGCCCGCUGCCUCCAGUCAGGAAAUGGAUACGGCGUGGGCCGUAA